CUUUGGGUGCUGGCGCUCUUGGCUAGCUGGCUGCACUUGUGGCUUGCUGAUGUGAAGUUUCGGUCCGUGGGUGGGUGGGCAGGCUCCGUGGGACGCCUCCUGGACCAGCCCCCGUCUCGCCCGUCCAGAUCAGCUGACGCCUCAGAAACCCAAACCACAACUCCCCCCCCCCCCAUCCCCGCCGCCGCACUUGCUGGGGAGAAGCGGCGUCGAUGCGCCCAUUCGACGCGCGCCAGUGCGAAGGGAGGGGAAGGGGCGGCUGUGCAGACAAAGCCGCCGAGUGAGCGAGCCAGCCAAUUUCUGCCUGUCAUGUCGGACGACGCCGAAACCAAGGAGGCCCCCCCCGAACAAGGGCAGCAAGGAGAAGAGCAGCCCCAGGUGGAGCCGGAGAAGCAGGCGGAACCCGUGCAGCCGUCGGCGCCGCCCCCCCAGAGCCCCCCAGCUCCGAAAGCCCCGGAAUCGCCUGUGAUGGUGACGGUGACCAUCGAGGAGCAGACCGUGGAGGGACCGCAGGAGAACGGGGAUCCGGUGGGGAUCAGGGCCGGCUCAGCGGAGGAGCUGGGGACCACUCCGGCGGCCCCCACCAGCCCCCCCGCCCGCUCCAAAUCUGCCUCGCUGAACGACCUGAAGCCCCAGAACAGCAUCAACGGUGGUCCCAGGGCCGCCGUGCGGGGCAGCCUGUCAGGGUCCCAGGUCCAGUUGGCAGGAGCGACGGGGUCUCCGCGGGCCAGCCUGAGCCGGCAGCCCUCGGCCGCGGGCUCCGCAGGUGGCGAGGCCGAGAAGCCAAGAGACUACAUAUUCAUAGCGGCCCUCUCCUGUUUCUGUCCAAUCUGGCCUAUCAACAUCGUUGCCUUCGUGUACUCUGUCAUGUCCCGGAACAGCUUCCAGCAAGGGGACAUCGACGGGGCCCGGCGCCUGGGGAGGGUGGCGAAACUGCUGAGCGUCGUUGCCCUUGUCGGGGGUGUGCUCAUCAUUGUGGCUUCUUGUGCCAUCAACUUUGGAUUGUUCCAGUGAAGGUGGCAAUUGGCUGCCAACUUACCCCUGGCACCGAAAUUUCCAUCUUUGGAGCUGGGAGUCAGCAUCACUACACUACAUUCAUUCAUCCAUUCAUCCAUCCAUCUAUCCAUUUCACGUCUUCUUCCAUUCCUGAACCAUGCAAAACAGGAGCACAUGGACGGAGACGGUGGAGGGGAGAGAGAAAGGGAGGAAGGGAGGAAGAGAAACUGACAGGAGGAAGGGACAGAAGGGUGAAAUUGAGAGAAGCAGCCAUCUUGUUAUGCAGAGACACAUCCAGUCCUUGUAGGAACUCAGAUACCCAAUAAGAUAGAACGGAAAACACAUGGGAGGAAAACAAAACAAAACAA